CAUUUGCGUCAGAUCGAAAGGGCCGGAGCUGGCAUUUGACACGUCGCUGGUUUCGCUAUAUACGAGUUAAGGUGGCAAGUCCCGCCUUUUCGGGGGGGGGACGGAUUUCCUGGGCCUUCGGGCGGCUGCGCUACGUCAUCGGCGGUUCGAAAUGCGACGCGAACCUUAGCAACGAGGGUUCCGCCUCAGGAAAGCUCUUCGCGGCAGUGGCUGCAACCGCGGUAAGCGCGGGGCGGCCAUGCUGAAAGCGGCAUUGAGCUUAGAGGUCCUUCGCAGUCCGUCAAGCGGUGAAGGAGGCGGUUGGAAAAGACAGAGCCGGGAGCAGACGAGUCGUCGUGUUCCCAAGUUGUGUGUGAUGUAACGGCAUUGGGCAGACCCCUCCUCGCUGCCUUUCCCGCAUGAUGGAGCUUUGCCCGUCAUCUGCCUGUCUUGCCCGUCAUCUGCGGGCUAAUGCCGUUUACCUUGGAUAAAAGCUGGCCGAGACCCCACCUGCCCUAUUAAUAAUCAGCAGAGUCGGAGAGUGUCGUCGUUGUUUAGUCUCAAGGGAUAGAGUGAGGAACCAUGGCAUUGGAGCCAGUCCCCUGCGCCAUUAAGAACCCAGUAGCACUGCAAGUGGGAGACAUGAAGACCGAGCUGGGCCGGCCUGGUGUUCUGGUGAUUGAUGUUUCAUUUCCACACUCGCAGACCACCGAUUUACAGGCAGUUGCAUUCAAAAAUUACUAUACUGCUUUUUUGACCCUUCGAGUACAGCAGCGAAGUUCUGCAGAUGGUGGAAACGAAAGCCCUUCCAAAUGGGUUACUUGUCUACGUAAUUUUUGUUUGAUGCCUAACCCACAUACAGAGGAGGGUUCCCAAAACUACUUUUCGAUUUCCAGACAUCAGAUGCUUUGUGAUGUGGAACAGGUGGCUGCCAUGCGUUUGAUCCUGCGCCAACCUUCUCCAGUAUGGUUGCAUUUUACAAUUGAGGAGCUGCAGCUUUUUUCUUUGUGUCAGAAGAGUCCUCAGAAAGGCUUUCCAGCUUGGCUUUGUCAUCCUUCUCCUCAGGAGCAGCCAACAAGCUUACACGAUGGACUUCCUGAUGCCGACAGAGUGUCUUCUGAACUGCAGCAAAUGUGGAUUUUAACAGAGAUGCUCCAGGCCAACCAACCAGUAGCACGGAUUGGGCGCUUUGAUAUAGAGGACUCCUAUGACCUUAAUCUACUUUCUUAUACUUGAAUGAUUGCAAGGCAAGAAGCAAGGCUUCUAAGCAGGGCCGCACUCUGCAUUGUAGUCUGGCCUGAGCAGGAAGAAGGAAGAUUAAACAGGAGCAUGAAGAUUAAGAUUUGAUUGCUUAUAUGUUCCAGUUUCAUGUUUCAACAACUAUCCAGUUAGGUUCUGGUUUCAAUUCUGUGGUAAUCUGGUUUUCAAACCUAUAUCUUGCACUGAACUCUGAAAAGUUAGAUUACCUAAACUGAAGCUGCCUAAUUAGGGCUGUUUCUCUCCUGAACUGCUUUUCCAUCUGCCUUGCUGCAUGAUUUAUGUUUCUUUUUAAGGCAAAAGUGGUGUGGUUGCACAGUGGUUAGAGUACAGUACUGUAGGCUACUUCUGCUGAUCACUGGCUGCCAGCAGUUUGGCAGUUCAAAUCACACCAGGCUCAAGGUUGACUCAGCCUUCCAUCCUUCCGAGGUGGGUAAAAUGAGGACCCAGAUUGUUGGGGGCAAUAGGCUGACUCUGUAAACCACUUAGAGAGGGCUGUAAAGCACUGUGAAACAGUAUAUAAAUCUAAGUACUAUUGCUAUUGCUAAAAUGAAAUAUAUUCAAGAAUCUGGUACUUGGAGCAUGGAGGAAAGGAAUCCUUCAUUUUUCUAAAUAAUGACUUGAGAUAUUGUAAGAAGGAUGAAAAGACUCCAGAUAUUGGGGACUGAGACUGAAAAAGGGCAAUUCUAAAAAAAUGCCAGAUACAGAGAUGAAUGUGGCUGUCUACCUCACUUAUACUUACAAGAGCAUACGUCUUUUAAUAUGUGUGUAGACUUCAAAAAGAAAAAGGUUGCAUCAUGCUAAAACUAUGACACUAAUAUUCUUGGAGGGAUUGAAGUGGUAGAAAGCUAAGUCUUAUCAUAAAUUUUCUAUCCCAAUAUACUAUUAAUAUGUUUCCUCAUAUGUCCAAUGAGUGUUGAACUUGGUUAAAUGAAAAGGAAAGUUUGGUUCAUUUUGUCUCAUGUCAAAGAACUUUAAAUAAAUUGUAUCUGCAAAGCACAUCUGAAAAUUACCAAGGAGAUAUUUGAGCAUCUUCAUUCAAGCCACUGAAUGACUUAACUGUUUUCUGGAAUAGCAUUGUAUGAUUUCCACAAAAAAUCAUUUUCCUUGUGAAGAACAAUCCUUGUUAUAGUUAUGGACAUAAUUUGUAGUUGUCAGAAGCACCAAACUGUUGAACAAUAUAAAUUUCUGCAGUGGAAUGUGUGAUUUUUUUUAAAAAAAGUAUUACAUUUUUGGAGUCUCUGUACAGCUGUUUUCUGUAUAUUAUGCCCUUCCUGUUAUUUAUUAUUUAUGUUAAUUAUUUAUAGUUGGAAAGGAUUGCAAUAGACUUCUAAUGCAUUCUAUAUAUCAGGAUUAUGUAUCUCAAUGGAUAGUUGAAGUGGAAGGAAACACUACUAGGAUAUUUUUAUCUGAACAGAGUUCCCAAACACCUAAGAGAUGAAAAACAAAGUAGCAAAGAAUGAAAUGAAGUCUCAAAUUAUCUGCUCAAUAAAAAAGUAGUGACAGAUCUUUAGCCUACUGUACUUUUUACUUUAAAUGAUUACUUCUGAGUAAUUUCAUUUUUGAAAUGAACUAUGAUUCUUGCAUUUAUGUUGAUGUUCUACUGAAAAAUAAUUUGCACUCUAUGAUUCUGAAAUAAUGUGUUUGCUUCUCUUUUAAAUGUUAUCACAGCAAUAUAAUAAUAAUUUAAGCAACAACUAGUAAAUAUUCAGACACCUGUAAUUUCAAUACUGUGGGCAGACUAAUCUCCAGGUAGAACUUUUCAACAAGAUGCCAGUACUGUUCUAAACAUGACAGCAAAUCUAUGCUUUUGUUUACAUGUAUUUGAAUGGAUAUAUGUUAUCAUUUCUGAUUAUUUUGUAUGUGUGUAGUUCUCAGGUGUUACUGCCUGACAGUUGGUAAUAACCUAAGAUAGUAAAUUAAAAGGCCAUCAAGACUAGUAGCACCAAUAGCCUGACUUAAAGAAUUAUCUGUCUAUCCUUGAAUCUCCAGAAAACUAUACCAGCAUGAAAUGUACUAUGUUCAUUGCAGAUGCUGGAAAUGAACUCUUAAUCUAAAGGUAUAAGCUUUCAUGAUGCGUUUUAAUAAAGUUUAUUAGUU